AUGUCGUCUUCUCCUAAAGAAGCCAAUCUUUGUCACUGCGGUUUGAAUUUUAAAGUCCACAGCGACCUCCCCCCGCCCCCACUCCAAGUCGCAGAAUCUCCACAGAGCUGCAGGAUGAGGGUGCUGGCGCCUCCAAUGCUGCUCCUCCUGCUCUUGGGGGCCUUGGCCCUGAGGGACACUUGGGCGGGUGAGCACAGGAUUCAGAGGGAAAUAGCCUCCAAGUGGGAGGAGCGAGGGGACCAUCCAGUGAGCACUGAGGUCCUGGGGAAGUCAACCUGGGACCUGGUUGGGUGGUCUCAGUGGCUCCCUUCCCCAGGCUCCCACUCCCUGAGGUAUUUCGACACCUGCGUGUCCCGCCCCGGCGGGGAGCCCCGCUUCAUCUCCGUGGGCUACGUGGACGACACGCAGUUCGUGCGCUUCGACAGCGACACCGAGAAUCCCAGGAUGGAGCCCCGGGCGCCCUGGAUGGAGAAGGUGGGACCCAAGUAUUGGGAACGGGAGACACAGACCGCCAAGGACAAUGCACAGAGUGACCUAGUGAGCCUCAACAACCUGCCAGGCUACUACAACCAGAGCGCGGGCGGCUCUCACACCUACCAGAGGAUAUAUGGCUGCGACAUGGGGACAGAUGGGCGCCUCCUCCGCGGGUACAGUCAGUAUGCCUAUGAUGGCGCGGAUUACAUAGCCCUGAAUGAGGACCUGCGCUCCUGGACCGCGGCAGACAAGGCGGCUCAGAUCACCCAGCGGAAGUGGGAAGCGGCUGGUGUUGCAGAGAGCUUAAGGGCCUACCUGGAAGGAGAUUGCUUGAAGUGUCUUGCAGGCUACCUGGAGAAAGGGAAGGAGUCGCUGCAGCGAGCAGACCCCCCGAAGACUCAUGUGACUCACCACCCUAUCCCUGAAGGGGAUGUCACUCUGAGAUGCUGGGCCCUGGGCUUCUACCCUAAGGAGAUCACCCUGAACUGGCAGCGGGAUGGAGAGGACCAGACCCAGGACAUGGAACUUGUGGAGACCAGGCCUGCAGGGGAUGGAAACUUCCAGAAAUGGGCAGCUGUGGUAGUGCCUGCUGGAGACGAGCAGAGAUACACCUGCCAUGUGCAUCAUAAGGGGCUGCCUGAGCCACUCACCCUGAGAUGGGAGCCACCCCCUCAGCCCACCAUCCCCAUCUUGGGAAUUGUUGCUGGUGUAAUUCUCCUUGGAGCUGUUGUCACUGGAGCUGUGGUCGCUUUUGUCUUUUGGAAGAAGAAAAACAGGUGUACAACCAGACACCUAUGCUCCAGCUGCCUGUAAUGACAGUUCCCAAGGCUCUGAUGUGUCUCUCACUGGUUAAAAAGUAUUUUCUUUCAACUGAGUAAUACAGGAUUUCUUCAGUUCUCUUCCUGCUCCCUACUGCAGUUUCAAGAGGUCCCAACUUCUCUUUGUGCAGCUGGCAAUAAACUGUGUCUAUGUGUCUGUAUUCCUGUCAUCAGAUCAUGAGGAAAUGGAGACAGGCGCUCAUCUUUGAUCACCAAGACCCCUCCCAACACUGUCCUGUUCUCUUCCUCAAUUAACUUUCCUAUGUAGCAAAUGCGGGGCUGGGAUGUCUUCAUUCCUGGUAGCUUUAUGUUGCCCUGGGCUCUAGACUUUUCCUUGCCCUUUGCAAAACAGAAUGUGUAUAUUGAUUUGUAUUUCACAUAUGUUCCAUGAAUUACGGUUGUGGGUUAAUUAAGUGAAAAGAGGAUUCCUAAAAUUUCUGAGAGAAAAUAAAACCCAAAACCUUCCA